UAGAAUGUUGCAGCGGUGGGCACUGCGGACCGGCAAGCGUGUGUUCCACGCGAAGUGCUGGGUGGGUGGAAAGAAGCACUUCUGCUGCGUUUUUAAAAGACAUUUCGGUAACAGUUCGAUGGGUGGAGAAGCGAUGAGGCAGCCGGACGAAGAAGCCAAGGGGACGGCAAAGCCAACAUGCAGCAGACUCAGUAAUCCCCCCCACAGUGAAGAAAUCAUCCAGCAUAUCCAAAACGAAUACGGAAUUUGCCCCAGUUCUAUAGAUGAGAAUAUCCAAAGAAAUGAAGAAUACGAUUUAUUCAAGUUAAGCAAAAGGUGGAGUGCCUUUUUCAAAUGUGAAAAGGAUUUAUACGACGUGAUAAAUAAAUACAUAAAGACAAAUAAAAUGGAUUACCAUUUACAUGCGUACUUAAAGGGUACUCCGAUUGGAGAGGGACAGGGAGGGGAAAAUGUGAAGGGUAGGAUACCUCAAAUGGAAGAACAACUGAGGAACAUCUUAACCUACAUUAUGUCCCUUUUUUACAAACAAAUUCAAGACUUCAACACUGUGUCUCUCUUAAGUGAGCGUAUUAUACAUUUACUAAACGGGGGGUACUCCCAAAGUGAUGCUAAUGGAGAUGGCCGACCCAAGAAUGAGGACAGUCUCUACCUGGACAAGGCCACCAUUUUAACCACACUUGAAGUGUACAGUUAUGUGAAUGCCAUGAACGAUGAAUUAUUUGAUCGACUUUUUUCUCUACUGAACAAAUGUUACGUGGAGUCAGCGCCACCGGGAAGUCCCCUCAUAAUCAGCGAUGAGGAAGUCCUUCUCACGCUGAGAAGCCUUUAUAUCCAGAAGUUUAAAAAUCAUGUCAUUGUGGAUACCAUCAUAAGAUCACUUAGGGACACCCCCCAUUUGAGUCCACACCUUUCGGUGCAUUCGUUCCUUUACCUCACGUUGUUAUCAAGGAUAGAUAAUGAUUCCCUUUGUAGGGUAAACUCUUCACUGUUUUAUGUCCCUCAGAUGGGACAACUUGGUCAGGAAGACUCCAGUGUAGCCACUGAAAAAAAGACGAUUAAUCCAAACGAGAAGGAAGAACCCAUAAAAACUGAGAACCCUACAUGGGAAAAUCAAAUUGAGCAAAUAAAAUUCAGAGCCCCUUUAUCAGCAACAGAUUGUAUAAAGCUACUCUACGGUUACUUCAUCCUGGGGGAAAAUCACAUUAACUGGUUCGUUAUCCACAAACUCCUUCUACGAUUGCAUGAGGAAUUGAAAGAUGAGGAAAAAAUCCUUUUCUUCGAGAAGGAGAACAAAAAAAAGGUACUCCAAAUGGUAGCCAUUGUGAGAACCUAUUUAAGGUACAAAAAAAGAAGCCUCUAUGAUAAUUUGCCCAAGGGUCUCAAAAGGGUAUUAAAGAAGUUGCAAAGUCUGCAUGCAGAUGAAGAAAACCCAAGAAGGAAGGACAGGAAAUUUGUGCAGAAGGUAUCAUGGCAUUUAAUAAAACUUCGCAUUCCGCAUGUCAAGAAUGCAUAUAAAGGUGGGAUCCUAUUGGACAUUUUGGAGAAGAAUAAAAAGCUGGUGUGGCUGUGCUUCUCGUAUCACCAGUAUUACGUUAGGACGAUUGACUUAACGGCAGAGACCUUACUACAGAUGGAUUUACUAAAAGGCAUGAAUUAUAGGAUUGCCAAAGUGCACUACUAUCAGUUUUCCCGCAUGAAGGCAAGGCGAACUCGAUUCGAGUACAUACGGAUGUGUCGCUACUACACGCUGCGCGACCGACGCAACUACGACGAUGAGUUCGAGGGGUGGAACUUGCCCUACAUCAACUGGUACCACAAGAAGAACAAAAACGUACACGUGUCCAACUACUUCUACGGCUACACCCCCGUCUCGCAUAUGCAAUACUA